UCUACCGACGGGUCUAUUUGUAAACACCGCCCGACGUAAGAUGGACGUGUACGAGCUCUGCAGAAAAGAUUGGCAGGAUUUCAAUGUGUCGCGCGAGGAAUUGAAGGACAUAGCCGAAUGCCUGAAGAAGGAGGAGUUUCGCAAGCUGUUGAUCGAGUACGCGGAGGAGGUGACUGACCCGGACAACAGGAAGACCUACGAGCGGGAGAUCACCCAGCUCGAGAAGGAGCGGGGCGUAGACGUGACGUUCGUUAACCCCGAGCCCGGUUACGUCAUUAAGACCAGCGUGGACGGCGACAGGAAGUGCUUCCUGAAUAUCAGCAAGAACGACGUUGUCGCGCGUCCCACCAGCCAGCCGUCCUACGAGCAGGGCCACCGCGGCCUGCAGUGGUCCAUCCCGUACACCCUGAUACCGCCGCGCUAUGACCUUGACAAGAAGAACGUGCGGUGCGUCGUGUAUGACGUGGUCUUCCAUCCGGACACCAUCUACCUGGCGUCCAAGAACGCGCGGUUCCGCGAGAUCGUCAAUGACACGGCGAUGGACGGCGUGGAGAGUAACUUCAAGGUAAAGCUUGACAGGAAGAAUCUAAAGUUUCCCAAGAUCAACUUCAAGGGGAUGACGCAUCCUACGGUGAUCAGGAAACCUUCGGAAACGCCGCCGACGGAACCGCUGGACAUAGAGCCGGAGAUCUAUCAGAAGAUAAUGUCGAGUUACGACGAGAGUCGCCAGAGUCACUUUAAGCGGAGGGAAGAGAAGCCGCAGCGUUCCCCGCCAGCCACCACUUACUACAAGGACAAGCAACAGAAGCCCGAGGAUGAGAAAUACGUUACCCCCAAGUUUUCCAUCAAGCAUCAGUCCGACGUGGAAUUGGAGGAUUUUGUUCUAAGCCAGGAUGCGAAGAUGUUCGCCGCAAUCCCUAAAAAAUUAGUGAUCACCAUAGAUCUGCCGUUGUUGAAGAGCGCCAACGACGCGACGCUCGACGUACACGAACGGUCCCUCACCCUGAAAAGUGAAAAGCCAGCGAAGUAUCUGCUGGAUCUUCCCUUACCGUAUCCCGUAGAUGGAGAUCAUGGGAAUGCUAAAUUUGACUCCAAGUACAAGAAGUUAAUUGUAACUUUACCAGUCAUUCGGCAAUUGGUAUCAGCUGGUGGCAUCGACAGGGCAAAUAAUGGGGUUGACGGUGAUGAGAACAGUGUUGAGUUAGUAACGUCCAACGAUGACGAAAAAAGUUUCUCUAGUAACAGAAUAGAAUUAGUGGAGGUGUGCGAAAGCGCGUGCAAAGAGAUAGGAUUCGAUAAAGCGAGUGAAAUAACAGAUAAGUGCGAAGAUACUGCCUUACGGACUAGUAACACGAUAGAAAUCACCGAUGCAUUUAUGAAUCCUAACAUUAAGUACAACCUUCCUGCUUACACCUGUAAUAUCUACAAUAAUCAAUUAGCCAUUGUUAUAAAUGUAAAAAACGUGAAUCCAGACGCGAUACGCUACAGAAUUUUAGACGACAACGUAGGGAUACAUAUCUUGCUGACGUCUACGGGCGCUGGAUUCUUUCCGCAAUAUUAUUCGUUGUGUCUUAAGAUAGGAGACGAAUGUAUCGAGCCAGAAACACUUACGAUCGAGCCGUGGGACAAUAACGUUGUGUUUAACGUCACAGUGAAGAAUAUUGAGAAUAUAGCGCGAUAUUUCGUUGGAGUGGACACGGAAUUCAUGGAAGGGAAAGAGCUUCCUACACCGGCGUCGUUUACGGACAAGUUUAAGGAAUUAAUGUCCCCUUCGAAAGAUGAGCUUCAGGUGGAAAGGCAAAUCUCCGUGCAGCCGCAGGACGGUGGUGUUGUUAUAAAUAUUCGUCCAAAUCAGCAGGAUUCUGAUGACGAAGAGGAGCACGAGGAAAGCGCGAGAGUUGCGAAGCGACGACAAGAGAAGAAGCACGUUAUUGAGAAAGUCAGAUCAGUUUCGGAGAGCAGCGGAGAUGAAUUGGCGAGCAACAGCAGCAACGGUAGCGUGAGACACUCGAAGGGGAUACUGAAGUCGCGUCGCGCCCGCGAUUUCUCGCGUUCCAUGUCCGAGUCGAGUGCCGACGAGAACAGUCUACCUGCAUCGUGCACGGAUUAUCACGACGAUUAUCAUUACGAUUCCGUGCACGAUAUCAAUUCCGAAUCUGAUUGCUCCAGUUUAAAAAAGACCGUACGAUUUAACGACGUGGUUUCACGACAGUUAUUUAGAUCUAAUUCGAGUAUUCUUGGACAACGGAAGAAGAAUCAGCGUAAACUGCGCAAUAAGAAACGCGCGCAAGAUCGCCGACUAAGCGAAAGCGAGAAUUCUGAAACCGAGGAGCGCGAUAAAUAUAAAGUAGAUUAUAAGCGGUCUGCGAACGAGGAGACUUCCGAAAGCGUGAAACCCAUACUCGCGCGUGAUAAGCAUUUACAGCAACAGAGAACCGCCAAUAUUGAAAUCGCGAAAUCGAACGCCGACGACAAGCAUCCUUCGCAUAAGCGUAAAUCUAGCUUCGAGGAAAAGCCCACCGAAGAUGUUCAAGCCGACACCUCGAUUAAAGCCACGAAAGAUGCAGUUCAACUGGAAUUUAAGAGCGAUCUGAUAUUUGAUCUCGAUAUGUAGACGCGAACUGCGAGAUCAUUAUGCAUAAUGUGAUAGGCACGAUCGAGGAUGUUAUCGCGAUUUUUUUUUGUAGCAACUCAAUAACUUGGUGAAACUGAUAACUCAGUGCUGAUAACGUAAAUUUACAUAUACAUGUAUAACAUUACAAACAUUAUUUUAGAGUUUAGUAUCAAAGAUACUCUUUAAAUAAUUUGGGAAUAAUUUUCUAGUGCGUUAUUAGCAUAGAAGUAGUAAAACAGGGAAACACCAUACGAAUCAAAAUCAUUCAAAUAUUAGUCUAUUCGAAUUAAUGAUAAGCGAAGCUUAUUAUUAAAAUUAGCUCCUAAUAUCCUAAAUUCAUAAAGAGAAGUAGAGCUUUACUUAAUGGAAAAAUUAUGUUAACUCGGAAAGUGUUCAUAUUAAAGUAUAUGACGAGGCUGUACGGUAAGAUAUUUUUAAUCGGAGUUUUUUUUUUUAGAGAACUGAUGAUCGUCACUGGAUGGAUUUAUUGAAUUAAUCAAGAUAUAUACGUUCUUUUUUCAUGCAUGUUAAAUAUUACUGCCGCAUAAUAUACGUGAUUUGUACUCACAGAUAACGCUUAAUUAAAAUCAAGAAUAUACGUGGAUACUUUGAUAGAAGUUCGUACACUUUUAAUGAAUAUUACGUGAAUUUAAUGCAAAAGUAUGUACAUUUAGAUUUUGUAAUAUAUACGCCAACAGUUUGCACGUGUAUACAGAUACGUCGCGUUGCAAUGAGCGCUUGCCAAAAGAUCGUGAUGUUUAUGGUGAUAAAAAUGGAAAUGAUUUUGCUUCGAAAAUUGCUAAUUAUGUGCAGGAUUUUCGAUGGUUAACGUUAUCUAAGUCAUACUUUCUUGUAAAAAUGCCGAAAGUCUAUUUAGAGAAAUUUUCCGUUGAAUAUGAUACAAAAAAUUAAAAUAUUUAUCGAUUUUAUAUAUUAUAUAUCAAUAUUUUGUAAUUAAAUUGUACAUAAGUUAUUUUUGAUCUGGUUGAUGAAAGAAGAUGUUUACAUAUCUGCGCUCGUAGCACGUUUCAUUCCUAUGUUAUGUACCGUGUGUUUUUACCGACAAGCAAUCCACAUAAAUUAAUACGUACAAUAUAUUCCUGUAAACGAUAUAACGCAAGAAUGAAAUAAACAGACACAAAAUGUUUUUAUA